ACUUGUUUCCUAUUCCGAGUUACUGUGUUUAUUCGGGUUUUGUACAAGUUUUUCGAGUUUUCACUUAAAAUCACUAUCAGAUGGCCACGGUUAGAGAAAAAACGGACAACGAAUCGCUCGAGUGGUCCCCGGAAGAUGAAAUCCAACUGUUCUUCGCAAUGGACGGUCUCCGGCCGGUUGGCAUUAAUCGGCACUUUUUUAUCGCUUGCGUCGUGGAGCGGCUUUCGAAAGCGCUGAACCGGGAGGUUAGCAGCGAAUCCGUGUGGUCUCAUCUCGGGACAAUGUACAACCUGCAGGCCCUGGACGAGCAAGAUCCGCUUCCGUUCCCUAAUGAGGAGACCGAUUUCAGUCUGCCCGAGGCGGACUAUCCGCUGGAAAAGAAGCGGAAAUCGAUCGAAGAGCAACAACCGGCGGAUGAAGCAAAGAAGGUGGAAGUAAAACCGGAUGCGGCUGUUAAAGUUACAGCUAAAGAAAAAGAACCGGCGGACAAGGAAAAGGACAAACCAGCAGAAAAGGAGAAGGAAGUCAAGCAGAAUAAACCUGCUCCGGUGGACAAUACGCCGAAACGACCGCCUAAGCGUACCCGUGGAUCUUUAUCGCUGGAGCCGAACGCAUCUAGUCCGGCAAGUACGCCACCGAAUGUACAGAGCACCAAGCGGCGACGGAUUUAGGAUUAAGUUUGUAUUACAUUAGCGUUGUAGACUGCAACAUUUUAAAUCAUAAGCAAAUUAUAAAAAUAACAAUCAAACAAUACAUUGUUAUGUAUCUACGUCAAAUUCUUUAACUCUAGAUUAAAUUUUCAAAACAACCUAUCCCUCAUGGGUUUCCUAUGCAGAUAGGGCCUUUUGAAAAUUUAAUCGAGAACUGUUCUUUUGUGGAACAAUAUAAAUCGAAAUAAACACUUAUAAUAAA